AUGCCGGACGACAUGUCUAUGAUCCCUUAUAAUGGUGGGAACCUUGAUGUUGUGCUCCGACACAAUGACUCGGUCGUGGUUUUGGACCGUGAUUCCCAGCAGUUAGCUCUGCGAAAUGCCGCAGAUGCGCAUGAGGGCAAUCUGGAAUUUUCAGACUGUCCCUGGUGCCACCGCCCCAUGCGAGACAGCAGUAGAGGCAGACAUCGUGGAACUGAGGACCCAGAGGCGGAAUUCGUGAACCCGAACUACUUCCGUAUGCUAAACAAUAGCCUGCCAAGCUCAGCGAGUUCCUCACGACCUCCAUCGCCUCGCCGCCGCCUCGUUCAACCUGCCCUUCCACGCGGUAUCACUAGUGCUCCCUCACAACCGGCACCGGCACAGGCACCGCCGCCUCAGGGUAUCUCCUCUGCAGCCUUCAGUCAGGACUACUUCAAACGAUUCUUUGUCGAGGAAAAGGAGCUUGGCAAGGGUGGAAAAGGUGUUGUGCUUCUUGUUAAGCACAUGCUAGAUGGGGUCUCGCUCGGUCACUAUGCUUGCAAACGUGUACCCGUCGGCGACGAUCAUGAAUGGUUGGAAAAAGUACUUGGCGAAGUACAACUACUACAACAUCUUUCGCACCAGAACCUAGUCUCAUACCGACAUGUGUGGCUGGAAAAUGCCAAGAUCAGCACAUUCGGCCCGCCGGUGGCAUGCGCCUUCAUUUUACAGCAGUACUGCAACGCGGGCGAUCUACAUAAUUACAUAUACGGCUCCGUACAGACGUCGACCACUGCACAGCAACUCAAAGAUCGACUUAGGCGCAAAUCGAGAGGGGAACCUGAGUCACGGGCUGGAUUGGGUGGCCCACGGAUUCUCCAACUGGAUGAAAUAUAUUCUUUCUUCAGAGAUAUAACCUCGGGCUUGCGGCAUCUCCAUAUGAAUGGGUAUAUUCAUCGCGACUUGAAACCUAACAAUUGUCUUCUCCACGACACGAGUGAUGGGAUCAGAGUGCUUGUGAGUGAUUUCGGCGAAGUCCAGCAGCAGAACGCAAUUCGGAAAUCAACAGGCGCAACUGGAACUGUGUCAUUCUGCGCACCUGAGGUGCUUCGACAGGAUUUCCCCGAUGGGCCCUUCGGCAACUUUUCUUUCAAAUCAGACAUAUUCUCCCUCGGAAUGAUCCUCUACUUCCUUUGCUUCGCCGAACUCCCCUAUGCCAGCGCCGAUAUAGUGCACGAGGAAAAUGAGGACCUCGAUCAGCUUCGGGCGGAAAUUACUGGCUGGACCGGAUUCGACAACGCACGCCGACGCCGACCCGAUCUUCCUGAGAAACUUUAUACAUUCCUAGAACGUCUACUAGCUGUGGACCCCAACCGACGGCCAACUGCGGACGAAGUUCUUAACGGAAUACAAGCCGGUGCCACUGGAAGCUUCCGCUUCAAAAGAAGCAGCUCAGUGAGUCCCGAUCUCCCAGGUGGGCCUCGAAUCCACCCGGCCGACAGCCCACAGCCAUCAAUGGAACGAGCUCUAUCGCCAACGAAAAAGCUCCCCGCCCACAGCAGCCAGCUAGCAUAUCGUCGGGACUCAAUGUUCGACUCUAACGGCUCCGGAUCCGGAAGCAGCAGGACACCAGACCAAGACGCAGGUCUCGAGAAUCCACCAUCAUCAAUGAGUCCAGAUCGAAACAUAAUCGUUCGCCAACAGCGAUACUCCACCACCUCACCACCAGUCUCACCAUCCAGACCCUCACACGAAGACACCCCAACCCCAUCCCGAUCCCACUCCCCCGUCCGCCCACAACAUCUCCUCCCCCCCCCCGAGUCGAUUUCCACACUUCGACAUCCUGACCUCUAUCUCCUCACCCGGUCUACAACUUUCCCUCUUCCUACUGAAAGUAGUCUCGGCCUUCCACCCUUGCUCACCGCUAGCGCAGCCGCUACUUUUGGUAUACAUGACGUCCGGCUACAAAUAUCCGCAUUGGUCGCGCAUAUUCUUGUCGUCGGUAUUGGGAUGCGGUUUGGCGUUCUUUGCGCUUGGCGUGCGGAUUCGAAUGGUGAUACCUCGCCUUGGUCUUCACUCUGA